UCAGAGGAGGUGAUACUGGGGUUGGAAAGUAGGGAAAGUGGGACAGCGGCGAGGGCGUAUGGUGUUGAGCACGCGGCUUUAAGGUUGAUGUCUUGACAACGCGAAGUUUGUCGCGUGCUUCCAUCUCAUCAGACGCGGCACGCGCUCGGCGAGUGCCAGUAUUGAGAGGGAAAAACCUCAGUCAAUGCCAAAUUUGGGAAGCGGGGUGGAGGAAAUGGCAUUUCAGCUGUUUUUGCAGCCCGAGCGCGGCGCUGCUGCUGCUGCUGGUGACGCCUGAAGGGAGCUUUAACAACGCGGGAUACAUCUCUAGCAGCUGAAGAUGGUGAAUUCAAGUGUUUUAUUAUCGUCAUGGCAAACGGAACCGGCAGCAUCAUGUUGAAAUGCGUGGUCGUCGGCGACGGCGCCGUUGGAAAAACUUGUCUGCUGAUGAGCUAUGCCAACGACGCCUUUCCAGAAGAAUAUGUGCCCACUGUCUUUGAUCAUUAUGCAGUGAGUGUGACGGUUGGGGGAAAACAGUACCUGCUGGGGCUUUAUGACACUGCGGGUCAGGAGGACUAUGAUCGCCUACGACCCCUGUCCUACCCCAUGACAGAUGUCUUCCUCAUUUGCUUCUCCGUGGUGAAUCCGGCCAGCUUCCAGAACGUGAGAGAGGAGUGGGUCCCUGAGCUGCAGGAGUACGCACCCAACGUCCCUUACCUGCUCAUCGGCACUCAGAUUGAUCUGCGGGACGACCCCAAGACUAUUGCCAAGCUGAACGAUGUGAAGGAGAAGCCCAUUGUGACAGAACAAGGCCAAAAGCUAGCAAAGGAGAUUGGUGCCUGCUGUUAUGUUGAAUGCUCAGCACUGACACAGAAAGGCCUGAAGACUGUGUUCGAUGAGGCCAUUAUAGCCAUUCUGGCUCCUAAGAAAGGUGCACUCAAGCGAAGACUGGGCCCACGCUGCAUCAACUGCUGCCUCAUCACAUGAUACACCAGCUC